GUGCAUAUUCGUCAAGACUCUGUGACAAUCGUAUCUGAUGAUGAAAGAGUUCGUUCCCUGUUGAAGAAUAUCUUUCUUAAUUGACAACAUCCCCUCUUUUCUUUAUUGCUCCUUAAAUAUCUCAUAUAUACAAGUCUAUUCCUUGUUUUUUAUUAUUCUUUUCUUUUCUCUAAAAAAUAUAAGCAAAACAAAAAAAAAAAAAUGAACCAAACCAAAAAGUUGUCUAUUCUCAAUAAAUCAAACGCGACAAGUACAAAAUUAUUCUACAACAAUAGCGCCAUACCAAAGCCAAUUCAUAACACACACACAUCUUCCAGACGGCCCUCACAGAUAGCAAGGCCCAUGAAAUCUAAGAGUCCGACCAAAAAGAAAAGUCCCAUGACACAUCAACGAUCAACAAGUGCACCGACACCCAAACCAACGCUUCAUGAAGAAGAUAUGCCUUGGAAAGAAUACGACAUGACCGAACGAAAACUAUCCUUACCUACGCUGAUCCAACCCAAUGAUGACGAUGCAGUCAGUAGCUUUCUCGAAGCAGAAACACUACAAAAGAAACUAGAUAAGCAACCGCUCUUGCUCGAUUCACUCUAUACCAACAUCCGUGUCCAGAUGGGCAGUCAACGAGCUGCCUUGGCCUGUAUCAAACUCGAGUGCCUGACCGACUCGGUCGGGGCACACAAGAGUCUAGGCCAGAUCCAAAAAGAUUACCUGCAGCUAGAGCACUCGAUUGACGAGCUCUAUUUCGCCAGUCGGUCAACGCAUGACCUAUCUUCCAGUUACCUCAAGCACAUGAGACUCACGGAUCGAGCGUGCGCAAGGCAUAUUGAUUAUCUACUUCACCUCUUGUCCAGACUCGAGCAACAGAUGCAUGUGGACCCAUCUGAUGUUCUAUCUGUGUCGUCAUCGACAUCGUCUAGCUCGUCCAAGGUGUUUAGCAACAAGACGAGCAUCACAACCCUAUCCGAAAGCGACGAGACCUGGACGGUAGCUUAUCUUGAACAGAGAAUCGAUUACUUGGUCGAUAAACUCUUAAAAAGGGGCCAACGAGAAUUGAACAGAGUACUGCACGACGAACAGCCAAGAUUAGAACUCGAACGGUCCAUCAAACAAAGAGACGAGCUGCUGAACGAUCAGAAGGAGGUGAUUGCAGACUUGCAGCAUGAACUAGACAGACAAAGAGUCGACAGAAAGAGACAAGCCUACCUUGAAGCAGAACUAGACAGACGCUCUGAAGAAAACAAACAGUUGCAGACCAAGGUCGAGAUGUUGUCGACAAGUGGUGACAUGAUUGACGAUAUGAUUGGACAGCUAGAGAUAGUCAAACAAAAGGAGUAUCAGAUACGAGAGUUGCGCACAGAGAUCGAAAGGAUGAAGCAUAUCUACACGACCAGAGAAUCAGGCUUUAUUCUUCAGGCAGCGAGUAUUGAAGCCGAGUUGGAAAAGGUGUUGAAGGAGUAUGAUAAACUGACGAGGAACAUUUCGGAUUUCAACUGUGAACGACGAUUGCUCGAGGACGAGAUUGAUGACCUGAAGCAGCAAAAGUAUGCACUCGAACAACAGCUGCUCGAUCAAAAGGUCCAACGACUGUCUGACGGUGGGGGACAGACGAACGUGUUGAGAAGAGAGUUUAGACAACUGAUGCAAUAUGUUAAGCAAAAGCAUGCUUAUGAAUUAAGUCAAGAGACCGAAUCGAAAAGAAAAGUGGAACAAAAACUGAGGCAGGUCAAGGCAGAGACUGAAAAGAAGCGGUGGGAUAAAGUGCAUGUGGGUGUUCAGACUCACCUUGACGUCGGAUUGGUAGGAGUCAUCGUGGGAAAGUAAAGAUCAGAUGAUGAAAAGUGAUUGGAUAAAGAUUAAAAUUUAUCUUUUUAUCUAUAACUUAGAUAGUUACACUAGAACCAAAAUGAGAAAUAAAAUUUU